AUGUCCAUAAUAGACGUCAAUGACUACUUCUUGUACAACCUCCCAGCCCAGGUCAACUUCGAGUUCUGCCGGGUCAUGGAUGGAUUGUCAGACCAGGACUGGACACGAUUUGCGUCAGAAGUCCUUGGAGAUCAAGUCAAUGUGCGGUUGGCUGAGAGGAAGGAGAGGCGGACCGACUAUGUGAUGAACCAAUGGGCAAAUAGGAAUGGUCGUGUUGGUGAACUGCUAGACCUGCUGAAGCGUCACCAGCUACUUCGCCAAAGAGACAUGAUCCUGGACUGUAUGUCUUCUGCUCCUCCCUUUGCUCCUCCUCCUGUUAUCCCCGCUCACUUUAAUCCUGCUGCCAAAUCAGGGAUUGUUCCACCCACAACUACAGCUCACAAUAUCAGCACUACAGGAGAAGUAGGAGGACUACCCCGGCCGGCCCCACCCCCCUCAAGUUUGCACUCUGCUCAACCUAGAACCCUCCAGACCCCCCCGGUGGUGACGUGUGGCAAUGUCGGCGAUGGAGUGAUGUGCUGGUCUUAUAAAGAGGUGUAUGAUGCGACUCAGGGGUUCUUGGCAGCACUGCAGGUUGGUGAAGGAGGCUUUGGAGUCGUCUACAGAGCAUUCCUAAGAAACACGGACUGCGCGGUCAAGAGACUCAAACAGGACUGCGUUCUGGACUCGACCAUUCUAAAGAAAAGCUUCAACACUGAAGUGGAAAAACUCUCAAAGUUUAGACAUCCAAACAUUGUGGACCUACUUGGAUUCUGUCAAGGACCAAGUGUUUGUCUCAUAUACAGCUACAUGGAGAGCUCCCUCGAAGAUCAGCUACACAAUGUGUCCCCUUCCCUCGCCUGGUGUCUGAGGGUCCGUAUAGUUCAUGAAAUAUCAACAGCUUUGCAGUUCCUCCAUUUUCCCCCAGAUGGACAUGACUCUGUUAUUCAUGGCGAUGUGAAGAGUUCAAACAUCCUUUUGGACAGCCAUCUGGUGGCAAAGCUGGCUGAUUUUGGCUUGGCACGCUUUGUGUCUCCCAAAUCAUCGUGUAGUCUGGCAUCCAAGAGAACCACAUUAGGUCAGACGUCCACUGUGAAAGGAACGCUGGCAUACCUACCACAGGAGUACAUAAGGAACAGGCAGCUGGGGACGGUGGUGGACGUUUACAGCUUUGGUGUGGUGUUAUUAGAAGCACUGACUGGUCGGCGAGCUCUGGAAAAAGACAGCAAUUCGAAAGACAUUUACCUGAAAGAUGUAGUCCAGGAAGUUCAUGAAGACCCAACUGCUUGCUACAAAGCGGCAUGGAGUAAACAGGUGGACCGUCGCCUGAUAACAGGGGGUGCCACAGAGCUGGUCGGGAGCAUGGAGAUAGCAGCACUGGCCUGCAGGUGCCUUGACAGGAAAUGGAAGAACAGACCUGCCAUGACUGAGGUGUUUAACAAACUCCAGGACAUCAGAGAUCUCCAUUCCUCUCGCUGUGUCCCACCUGAAUCCCAUCACACUUCAGACUCCAGUGUGGAGGUUUUGAGCCAGCAUUUGUCCAAACUGGGACCACUCGAGGACACCUACCAUCCUCCCAGACGCACCCUACCCCCUUCUUCUUCCUUCUCUAACAUCUCCUUACAUUCUUGCAUAGGUCCUCCCCCCAUACAUGCUCACUACUCUUCUCUACCACUUCACCCAGCGACCCAUAGUCACCUCCACGCUCCCUCCUCCCUUCCUCCCCUCAGAUCUUCUCUACCUGCUCCUUCCUCCUCAUUUGAGGGUCCUUGUGAAACAGAUGAGAGUCGAGGUUUCUCCCAGUAUGACCUUUCCACUGGGGGGCAGUUCCACUCCAAACAGUUAUCUACACCCAUCAGAGACCAGUACCAUAAUCUAUCUGGGCCUAUAAAGUCCCAUUCCACAGAGCCUUCUGAGGACCAAUACAAUUUCAAUGACAGAAUAGGACUUGGUCUCUCACCCAUGCCCCCCAGUGGCCCACAGAUUGGAGCUGGACCAAGAUCAGAUGUCCCAGAAUUCUUAUCUCCUCCAGGUCCUCUCCAGUCACUGUGUCCCCAGGCCUCAGAUGGCGUCCAGCCUCGGGAAAAUUACAGGGGUCCAGAAGAGAGUGAUGAGUUGGAAUAUCUUCCUGCUACAGACACCUGA